AUGUUUGAUAGCUUUACUGCUUAUAUAGCUAUAAGUUUUAUUGUCAACAAAGACUCAAGCUCUCUCAUAGAUGUGGGAGGAACCAAAUUACUUCAUUCACAAAUCUGGCAUAAUGAACGCUUCCCAGGAAUUGUUAUUUUUCUCGAAGUUAUCCCCCAUGGUUUUGACUCACACUGUACAGAAUUUACAAGUGCAGUUCAAAUAGGAAUUCACUUUCCUGACCAUAACAACACUAUUUGUGGUGCUAUUUUCCUCACUGUAGAUAAUCAAGUCCAGAAACUUACGCUAUUGCGGCUGCCUGCUGUAGAUAAACAGGAGCAUAUCGAUGAUAUUCGUGAAAUUCUGGCAAUUUAUGGACGAAUUCUGGAUGUAGGUAUUUGCCAGAAACCUAAGUACUGCCACGGAGAUGGUUAUGACUGCUCCAACUUUAAUACUCAUCCCACUUUUCAACGUGGCUUUUGGCUGUGUUACGAAAAUGGACACGCUAAACCCAACUGGUUUCAUGGUACUGUCCGUCACAUUCACCCCCAAAUGUACCAUAAGUCACAGUCUCCUGGUUCCAUGGAUGUGGACUUUGUGAGCCAUAAUGCCUUUAAUCCGAACCCUAUUUUUGUCGCUGUCUCGGUCGAUACUAACAGCACAGAGACAUGA